AAGUUUAAUUUCGCGGCGGAGGGAGGCAAUUUGCAGUCUAAACUGGCUAUUGCCUAUACUUAUUACCGGCAGCACAUGUAUGAAAAGGCAGUUAAAUUAUAUGCGGAAUUAGCAGAAGUAGCAGUAAAUAGUUUUUUGAUUUCAAAGUAUUCUCCUGUGAUUGAACCAGUUAGGAUACAUAAUGGGGCUGAGGAGAAUAAGGAGGCCUUGAGGAAAUCACGAGGGGAGGAUGAUGACGUGUUCCAGAUUUUGGAAUAUCAAGCUCAAAAAGGGAAUGCAGGUGCUAUGUAUAAAAUUGGGUAUUUUUACUACUUUGGAUUAAGAGGAUUGAGGCGUGAUCAUGCUAAAGCAUUGGCAUGGUUUUCAAGGGCUGUGGAGAAAGGGGAACCUAGAUCAAUGGAACUUCUUGGUGAAAUAUAUGCGCGGGGAGCUGGAGUUGAGAGGAACUAUACUAAAGCGCUUGAAUGGCUUACACUUGCUGCAAAGCAGCAGCUUUAUUCGGCUUAUAAUGGCAUGGGGUAUUUGUAUGUCAAGGGCUAUGGAGUGGAAAAGAAGAACUACACUAAGGCAAAAGAAUACUUUGAGAUGGCUGCUGAUAAUGAAGAUGCUGGUGGGCACUAUAACCUUGGAGUAAUACAUCUUAAAGGGAUUGGGGUAAAGAGAGAUGUAAAGCUUGCAUGCCAAUAUUUUAUAGUAGCUGCCAAUGCAGGUCAACCAAAGGCAUUUUACCAGCUGGCAAAGAUGUUUCAUAUGGGUGUGGGGCUUAAAAAGAAUCUUCCUAUGGCUACUGGAUUAUACAAACUAGUAGCAGAACGAGGCCCAUGGAACUCCUUGUCUAGAUGGGCAUUGGAAUCAUACCUAAAAGGCAAUGUAGGCAAAGCAUCCUUGUUGUAUUCAAGGAUGGCUGAGCUGGGCUAUGAGAUUGCACAAAGUAAUGCUGCAUGGAUUCUUGACAAAUAUGCAGAGCAUAGCAUGUGCGUGGGAGAAUCUGGAUUUUGUACAGAUUCAGAAAGACACCAGCGGGCUCAUUCUUUGUGGUGGGAAGCUUCAGAGCAGGGUAAUGAACAUGCUGCUUUGCUGAUUGGUGAUGCAUAUUACUAUGGUCGGGGCACUGUGAGGGAUUAUGAACGAGCGGCAGAGGCUUACAUGCAUGCCAAAUCUCAAUCUAAUGCACAAGCACUGUUCAAUCUUGGUUACAUGCAUGAGCAUGGUAAAGGACUUCCAUUUGACCUUCAUCUUGCCAAGCGAUACUAUGACCAAGCUCUACAGAUCGAUUCUGCAGCGAAGUUACCUGUCACACUGGCCCUCAUAAGCUUGUGGAUAAGAAAGAACUAUGCAGACAGCUUCAUGGUACACGUGAUUGAUUCAUUGCCGGAAUUCUAUCCAAAAAUCGAAGCAUGGGUGGAGAAUGUUAUACUGGAAGAAGGAAAUGCAACAAUACUUACUCUAUUUGUCUGUCUUCUUACGGUUCUCUAUUUUCGUGAAAGGCAACGCAGGAAUGCUGGUGUUGCUGCUGGUGAGGUUGGCAUACCAGACCAACCUAUUGAGCAUGCUCCUCCUGCACCCAAUUAGUUGGCAGCUCACCAUGAUCUUCAAAAACACAAGGCUUUGUUAGUGCUCAUCUGUGUUAAGGUAAAGUUCAUGUUGCAAUUGUGCUGUCAUGUGGGAGAGACAAAAUUCACAUUGCAAUGGCAUGUACAGGUGUUUAGAUCUCUUUCAAAACAGCUGCACUGUUUCUGGUACAUUGUACAUUACACAGAAGGAAAAGGCUGCCAUAAGACAUGCUUUUGUCUCACAUGUGAAAAGACCAUGUAUUUAACGUAGGAUCAUCUGAUGCCUGUUUCCGGGUGGCGGACAGAUAUAUUGUUCUUUCAUUCAAGAAUUCUGCUUGUGAUGAGCAAUGAUUUAGGGGUAAUUUUGUGCAACGAAUAGCCGAAGUUGAUCACUGUGUCUUCCUCUCUUGACUGCAAAAUGAAUAUCUAGCUGACUAUUUUCACCAAUCUCUGGAUGCGUUGUGAUUAUUUUCCUUUGUUAUUGCAUCAGUUAGCUUCCUUUGACA